UCCUUGGUCGUGCUGAUGUGUUGUUGGUUUGGAACGGAAAUCAUGAGAUGAUUGGAGGAAUAGUUCACCAGGUCCAAAAAUGGGAAUCAUCUUUCCAGAGAUGCCAUGAAACCAGGACAUGACAGUCCCAGGUUUUGAAAAAUGAUGAUUUUCUUCAAGCUGUAUUAUCAAGCCUGUGACAUUUUUGGCUUGGGGAAAAGGUGUACAAGAGUUAGCAAGAGAGCCAGUGUGAAGUGUGCUGUUGAGGGAGUAAGAGGGAGUUAAUUGUCUCUGACCCAGAUCUUAUCGAAUUGAAUGAUGUAUGCACAAGGCCAUUUUGAUUGAUGUCAGGGCUCAGAUAAUAUAGCUUUGUUGUUUACACUUGUAUAAUUCAGUAACGAUAACAUUAAAUAUGAAGUCUUUCUGUUCGUGUCUUAUAACAGUUUUUUGAUAUUUUUCAAAAUAGGUGCUUCUUAUGAAUAUUAACUUUCAUUGGGUGACCACAUGAUACUAAACCUCAGUAUUAUCUGGUUCUGACACUAUCAUGUCCAGAAGGGAAAAUAGAAGAAAUUUACUUUAAUAAUCUCAGUAUUGAAAUGUACUUUUUUUAUGGUAGAUAUAAAUGUAUAUUUACAAGCCCAAGUUGAUAUUAAAUACAUCAUCAUUUUAUACACAGGUCAUAGUAAGUCUUGAUUUGUCUGAUAACCCAAAGUAUAAAUAACUGUUUGCAUUUUUUGUUUUUUCUUGUUCGAGUUGUGCAGACAUGUGUUUUUUUUUGUGCCAAAUAUAUGAAUAUGUUAAUAUUGCUCUGUAUGUAAUAUUAAAUUUGUCCAUGCCAUUGCCUUCACACUUUCUCGUAUAACUUUCAUCCAUUUUUUCUGUGGACUACACAGUAUUUGUAUUGUCCAAGUUUUCACAGCAGUUUACCAUGGCUUUUUUAAAUUUAAAGGGUUUUUACAAGUUUGUUAUUGGUUUUAUGUUGGGGUUUUCUGCAAAUUUUCUGUUAAAUCUGUAUCAAGAGAUUGAUUGUAUUGACAAGAUAAGUAUUGAAAAAGCGUGUGCCAAAGUUAGUGAGGAGAAGCCAGUUGGUCAUGAAGUUGAUGAGCUCAUAGAUGAUGUUAAUAUCCAGAUUCCUGAGUCCUACAAGCCCAAAGACAUGUACGAUGUGUUGCGUUAUGAAUAUUUGAAUCGUAAACACAUAUACAGUAACUUUGACAAUGAGCCGAAGAUUCGGCUAUUAGGCCACCAGAAGAAUGACUUGAUAGGAAUUGUGAACCAGGCAGUGACCCUGUUCAAACACAAGAACCCAGGAGAAUGGAGGCUAUGGGAAGUAGUUCAGGCAUACCGAAGGCUGGACCCCCAGCGAGGGGAGGAGUACAGCCUCACUCUCAACCUCACUCACUCCCUGGACAAUGCCAGGAACAGCGUUCUCUAUCAGCUGGAGGUGGUGAAACCCUUCAGCCCAGCUCAUCUCUUGGAGCAGCGCCCGUUCAACGGUGAGUCGCGACUUUACAUCAUUGUGCCUGUGUUCAACGCCAUGCAGAAGUUCGGCAAGUUCCUGGCAAGGUUUGAGAAAGUCUGCCUUAAAGCUCGCGCUCUGGUUGUGCUGGUUGUUGUGUCGUUCAUUACGGAUACCAACGUACAGAAGGAUCCUGUUGGACAGAGUAUCCGCAACUUAUCCGCCAAGUAUGGGAGCCGGUACUUUAUGUAUAUCCACACUUUCCAUAUGUUCUCUCGUGGAUUUGCCCUGGAUCUUGCCGUCAAAAGCAUGCCAGGGGACAAACUUAUUUUUUUCUGUGACUUAGACAUCUCCUUCACUGCCGACUUCUUGCACAGGUGUAGGACUAAUGCAAUCUACAGCCAACAGGUGUUUUACCCAAUCGUGUUCGCUCAGUACCACCCUCGCCUGGUUAAGGCUUACUCACCUGAGUCUGAGUCAUCUAACCUCGUCGACAUUAACAAAAGUACAGGUCACUGGGUGCAUUACGGGUAUGGCAUAGCCUGUAUGUAUGCGCAGGAUUAUCGUGAAGUGGGCGGAUUUGACCUGUCAGUCAAAGGUUGGGGCGGAGAGGACGUGCUUCUCUACAGGAGACACGUCAGAAGUAACCUCAAGGUUUUUCGCGCGAUGGAUCCAGGCUUACUUCAUAUCUACCAUGACAAGUCAUGUGACCGCACCCAGCUGAGUGCCAGCCAGUUCCGAAUGUGUCAAGACGCAUCGGCUCAGGGGUUCGGCUCCCAGCAGCAGCUGGCCAAACAUAUCUUACUGAGAAACUGCACCCUCAACUAAACAACAAUGUUGGGAGAUCUGGUAUCAAACUGGGGUUGUGUUAUACCAAAGAUAAUUGUAUUUGUUACUGCCUUACUUGGAACCCAGUACUGAGAGGUUAGCGUAAGAAAAUAGGACUGUUUGACCUGGUGUCAGCAUAAUGUGAACAGGUGGGGUGUCAUAUCUGGUGUCUUCAGCAUGAUACUUCAAUGGUGGCAGUGUGUUGAAGGCAAGGAAAACAUGACACAGUAUACACAUGUAUGUUCACAUCGAAUGACACCUCACUGUCAUAUACAGGUCCACUGGGUGGGGUGUCAUAUCUGGUGUCUUCAGCUUGAUACUUCAAUGGUGGCAGUGCGUUGAUGGCAGGAAAACAUGACACAGUAUACACAUGUAUGUUCACACCGAAUGACUCCUCACUGUUAUGUACAUGUACACUGGGUGUGGUGUCAUAUCUGGUGUCUUUGGCAUGAUACUUCAGUGGUGGCAGUGCGUUGAUGACAAGGAAAACAUGACACAGUAUACACAUGUAUGUUCACACCGAAUGACACCUCACUGUCAUAUACAGGUCCACUGGGUGGGGUAUCAUAUCUGGUGUCUUCAGCUUGAUACUUCAAUGGUGGCAGUGUGUUGAUGGCAGGAAAACAUGACACAGUAUACACAUGUAUGAUCACACCGAAUGACUCCUCACUGUCAUAUACACGUACAUGUAACUAUAAUAUUGUUAAGUAGGGCUAAUCAUCACCCAGUGAUAAAUAUACCACAUUACACUGUGUAUGUCCAUGUACAGUAUGUGUAUAUCUCAAGUGCAUCACAUAUUAUGUGUGCAAUUAUCACAUAAUAUUUUGUGUGCAAUAUUCACAUACUAUUAUGUUUGCAAUUAUCGCAUAUUAUGUGUGCAAUAUUUAAGAGUUAUCAGUUAUCAUGUGUGCAAGUAUCACAUAUUAUGCAUGUAAAUCCAUAUCUUCUAUGUGAAUAUAAAGGUCAUGAGUGUAUUGCACAUAUACAUGUAUAAAUAUACUGUAUAAAGCUUUUCUGUUGCAUGAAUGUCUCCUGUUUUUGACAAUAGAUAGGCAUAAUCUGCUAUUUUGUUCACACUUGUUGAAAGAGGCAUAAUAAAAAUCAUGUUGAAGAAAAUUGUACAUGUACCUCAGAUAAAAAGCAGAGGCCAGUUCACAAAGCAGCAGACGACAUUUUUUUGUCGUACAUUUGCCGUAAGAUAUUUUGUGCAUCACUAUUACUGUACCAUUGUCCUGUAUGUGCAAUUAUCGUACAUGUAAGACUUCUUUUUGACAGUGGUCCCUGUACUUUAAAGUUAAGUGACAAGACUCUAGGUGUACCUACCAUGUUGAUUGUUGUGUAGUGUGUACUUGUCAUUCUUUUUGAACCAUACAACGA